CCCAGCCCCCACACCCUAUGUCUCUCUCCCCUCUCUCUCUCUCUCUAAAACUGUGUAUAUAAAGACAUAUCUUUGAACUGUACUGCUGCACAUUUGUAGAGGCAGUGGCCACAACACCGUCUGGUUCUAGAGAGAGAGUGAAAGCGAAGGCAUUUACUCUCGGGAAAAUUUUGUGAAGCCAGAAGAAGAGGGAAGGUAUUCUGAUCGGUGAGAAUGGCCGGAAGAGAUGAUGGGUUGAGUUUAGGUUUGGGGCUGAGCCUUAGUUCUGGGUUUCCUCAACAGAAGGAGCCAUCUUUGAGUCUGAAGCUCAUGCCUAUGGCUUCUUCUUCUCCUCACAUGCAGAGCCAUCACAGCCAUUCCCAGAAGAUUCACAACUCUUGGACUCAUCUCUUCCAAUCCUCUGACAGAGUCUUGGAGGCGAGAUCAUCGUUUCCGAGAGGCAUAGACGUGAACAGAGCUCCGUCGGCGUCGGCGACGGCGGGGGUGGGGGACGUGGAGGAAGACGGCGGUGCAUCGUCCCCAAACAGCACCGUCUCCAGCUCCAGCGGCAAGAGGAGCGACAAGCCCGGCGCCGCCGACGACAUCGACGCCGAGAGAGCUUCGUGUUCUCGCGGCAGCGAUGACGAAGACGGCGGAAACGGCGACGGGUCGAGGAAGAAGCUCCGGCUAUCGAAGGAACAGUCUCUUGUCCUCGAAGAGACUUUCAAGGAAUACAGCACUCUCAACCCGAAGCAAAAGCUGGCGCUGGCGAAACAGUUGAACCUGAGGCCGAGGCAAGUGGAGGUGUGGUUCCAGAACAGGAGGGCAAGGACGAAGCUGAAGCAAACGGAGGUGGACUGCGAGUACUUGAAGAGAUGCUGCGAGAAUCUGACGAGCGAGAACCGGAGGCUGCAGAAAGAGGUGUCGGAGCUUAGGGCUUUGAAGCUCUCGCCGCAUCUCUACAUGCACAUGAACCCUCCCACCACUCUGACCAUGUGCCCGUCCUGCGAGCGCGUGUCGUCGUCCUCGCCCUCCUCUGCCCGUGACGUCGGACCGAGCCCUCAGCGGCCUAAUCCGGCUAACCCGUGGGCGUCACUUCGUCUUCAUCAAAGGCCGGCCGCAGGAUCACACUAGGGUUGUUUUUUUUUUUGGGGUUUUUUGGUAGAGUAGUAUCAUUAGCUUUGCCUUGGCAUGUCUAGGAGAUGAUUCCAUGCACAAUAUCUUUAAGGAGGAGAAUUUUUCGGUUUCUUAUGUUUAGGGUUUUCUUUUCCUCCUCCUGCUUAUAAUGUUUCUUGAUAGAGUCGUGUUAGGUUUAAGGAGAAAAGGCAACGUUUUUUUUUCUGAAUGUAAAGAUGAUAUUAGUAAGAGCCGGAGCGAAAGCAAGUACGGAACCGUUCUUGUUCUUUAGGGUUUCA